AUGAUGUGUCCAAAAAAAAUGGUUAAAGGGAAUCACACGUCAGUACCUGAAUUUGUUCUCUUGGGAUUUGCAGAUUAUCCAAAACUGCAGAUUCCACUCUUUGUUUUGUUCCUGCUGGUCUACAUUAUUACUCUUGUGGGCAAUCUGGGAAUGAUCACAUUAAUCAAGUUGGAUUCCCAACUCCACACUCCCAUGUACUUCUUCCUCAGCAACUUAUCCUUUGUAGACAUUUGCUAUUCCUCCAGUGUCACACCACAGAUGCUGGCAAAUUUAGUAGCAGGCUAUAAAGACAUUUCCUUUACCGGAUGCUUGACACAGUGUUAUCUCUUUAUUGCUCUGGGUCUCACAGAGUCCUUCAUCCUGACAGUCAUGGCUUAUGAUAGGUAUGUAGCCAUCUGUAAUCCAUUGCUGUAUGAAACAAAAAUGUCAUGGGAGAUGUGUGUCUGGCUGGUGGCAGUGCCUUCUGCAUACAGUUUCCUAGAUGCCAUGAUACAGACCAUAUUCACCUUCCGCCUGACCUACUGUGGCUCCAAGGUUAUCAAUCACUUUUACUGUGCUGACCCACCUCUCCUGAAGCUUUCCUGCUCUGACACCCAUGUGAAACUCACCCUAAUGUUGAUCUCUGCCAGUUUCAACCUUAUCAGCUUCCUGGCUAUUAUUCUAAUCUCUUAUAUUUUUAUUCUCACGACGAUCCUGAGAAUGCCCUCCACUGAAGGUAGAUACAAAGCUUUCUCCACAUGUGGAUUCCACCUGGCAGCUGUCACCCUCUUCUAUGGAACAAUUUUUGUCAUGUACAUCAGGCGUCCUUCUAGCCUGUCUCUAGAACAGGGCAAAAUAGUUUCUGUGUUCUAUGUAGUGGUGAUCCCCAUGCUGAAUCCAUUGAUCUACAGCCUAAGAAACAAGGAAGUCAAGGGUGCCAUGAAGAGGCUGUUAGGAACGUUUUUAACUAAUAUACAUCUCAAAGGAUAA